CUCCAGGACGGUAGGGGGCGAAAUUGUGCCAAGAUCGACAGAUUUCACGUGCCUAAAACAAAAAGAGGAAGAGUCAGAAGCAGUGACGUAGGAGUUGCUCUGCUUCUGCCUGACUUGCGAAAUGGGGCUAUGUGUUGUUCAGGCAAAGAACCGACAGCUCUUGUGUUUGAGGAUUUUGUCCUCACGGUAAACGGAACAUCCAUGCAGUUGGAAACAUCGGUAAGACUGGAACGAAAACUGAAACUGACCUUAGCACAAGCUUCAUGAAAUGAAUCUGUUGUUAGGAUGAGCCAGAAUCACCAAGGAGAUGAGUUUGUGGCUGUGCGGGUUCAAGACCCUCGCAUUCAAAACGAGGGUAACUGGAAUUCAUACGUCGACUAUAAGAUCUUCCUUCAUACCAAUAGUAAAGCCUUCACAGCCAAGACCUCCUGUGUGCGCCGGCGCUACAGCGAGUUUGUGUGGCUGAAGAAAAAGCUGCAGAAGAAUUCGGGUUUGGUUCCAGUCCCAGACCUUCCAGGAAAGUCCUUCUUUUCCUUCAGCAAUGAGGAUUUUCUGGAGAAGAGAAGGAGAGGACUUCAGGCUUUCUUAGACAAGGUGGUACACAUGACGGUAUGCCUGUCGGACAGCCAGCUCCACCUCUUCCUGCAGACCCAGCUGACGCUCAGCCACAUCGAGGACUGCGUCCAGGGCCUCACGCCGUACUCCGUGACGGACGCCAUUCUCACCUACGCCUCAUCCAAUCAGGGGCUGGCUCAGGCUCAGGAGGAGGAUGCCUUCAGGGAGCCCAGCUUGACCGUUUCGUACGAGUCCAUGGAGAGUCCAGCUCCUCAUCAACCAAGCCUCCAAACGAACACAGGACUCAUCCCUGAGCCCCCCGCAAACCAAGACCCCCUGAAAGCUCUGUUGGGGCUCUCUGAGCCAAAGCCAGACGGAACUACGCCCAAAAUUUCUAUACAGAUUUCCCAGAAAAGCGACCGCCUGAAAGCUGUCGUCGAAGACCACACAGAGGCGACCUUUUAUCUGGGAAACACCCCCAAUGGAAGUGACGAUGGGAGCUGCCUAAUCCAGACACCGGUGGAGGUCUACUCGCCAAUGGUCGAUUGUACGGAGGGGAGCUGGAUCGGUGGGAACGUUGAGGAUCCAGACUGUGAAGGAAGGAAAAGUUCUGAAAAGUCUGAAGUUAGUUCAGAUUUGAGGUGUACUUACAGUGGAGAAAUAGUUGUAGAAAACAGUGUGGAAGGUCAAGAAGAGGUUUUAGAAAAGCAGCCUGUGGAUGUAAAGACCGGAGAACACGAGGGUCAAAUUUUAAAUGUUUGCUCCAAAAGAGAAGAAAAAGCAGAACAAGAUGAUCCAUCAGAAAGAAAAGAGGAGGUCUUCCUCCAGUCAGAAAUCCAUGAGAAGACUGAUCAGACAGAACCAGAUGCUGGGGAUGUCUUCCUAGAAAAGGAGGAAGAGCAAGAACCAGAGGCUAAAGAUGAUAGCGAUGAGAGCUUCCAUUCCCAGUCAUCUUCUAACGACAGCAUCAUCAAAUGCAGUGAGGAGGACAGUCCCUGUGAAGAGGCAGAGGACCUGAUCCAGGCUGAAAGCAUCUAUGAGAAGACACCCGUGGAGCUCACCGUGUGUUCAGAGGUUGAUACACCCUGCAAGAACAUGUUGGACCUUCACAUGAACGGCUGCAUCCUUGAAGAAGUGACCCCAAACAAUGAGGACCUACAGCUUAUAACAAGCAUCUGCAACCCCCCAGAUGUUGACCCAGCUGUAGCUGAGGCCGAUUUGACUGAAAACAGCGACUUCAGCAUCUUGGGAAGCAGCUGUGCACCUGGGUCCACUGAUAGUAAAAACACAGAGCAGGGAACCCUGUCCUCGCUGUCUCUGGACGCUUCAGAGGAGACUUGAGAAGCUGAUGUGUAUUGGUGAAGCCUGUGAGCCGCAGUCAUGCUUGAUAAGGGCUCUUGAGUAGAAAUCCUGAAAUUUGUCCUCAGCCAAAGAUCCAUCAAGUCACGAACAUAACCAAGACACACAUUCUUAUGUUCCAGGAGGUAUUUAUUUAUUAUCUUAACCCAAAAAAACUACUAAAAACAUUCAAAAUUGUUAUUUUCCUGACGGCUGUUAAUCACUUUAUGACCAGCAGAGGGUGCUCAAGUUCACUCAAGAAUACCCCACAAUAAGCGAACUCCAUCUCAUGAACAGUUUAAGUAGUUUUCUUCUUUAAAUUUUGAUUUAUUAUUACUUAUAUGACAAAAAUAAAAUAGUAAUUUUAAAUGGAGGACAAUUGGGCUUUAUUCCCUCUAAAUCCAGACCAUUAAAUGACCAUAAAAUAACAUUUUAAUCACUGAGCUGCAACUAAAUUAAGAAAUUUCAAAACCUAUGUCCUGCUACAUUAAUGUAUCAUCUGUUAGGUUUUCCCUUAUAUAGAUGGAGCAAACAGGGAUUUAAAACUACACAGAUUUAAAAUGAUUUAUUUUAGCUCUUUUUGUGGCUUAGAAUUAUGCUGUAAUAAAAAAUAUAUAUAACAAUUACAUUUUAGAGCACGUUUUUGGAUCUGAAAUCCAUCUAAAAGUUUUAGGCCUAAAAACUCACAUUUUCCAAGAUUUUGGACCUAAAAAUUUAAGUUGUAUUUUGAAAAAAAAAAAUAAUUUGAACAGUUUCCCCCCAAAAUUUCAGUUUUCUCGCUUUUUUUUGUAAUCUAUUUUAAAUGAAUACAAUACAUGUACAGCUAAAUUUUAAGUUACUAGUUUAGUCUGCUGCUCAUUUAACAAAUACAGCCGGAUGAGGGAAUACGGAGCUCUAAUAAUUAGAAAUAAUUAAAAGAAAAGCAAAUAGAAUUUGCUUUCAUGUUUUGUUUUUUUUUAAAUGCAUCACCGUUACGUUGAAGCACUGUGUGAUGCUGAUGUGCCGCCUUCAGUGAGGAUGUCUCCCUGCAGUUCUUCUUGUCACUGUGCAAAGUUCCCUCCCUGACAAGAAAACUGCUACUUGCACUUAAGAAGGGACCCUGCGAUGACACUACUUUACAUUUGUGAGAAGUUCUUUUUGUCUGAGUUGUUUCUUUGUCACAAAGAGAAUGGAUUAAAGGAAACUGAACAUCUGUUUUACACCAUGGAUCUAUGAGGGUAAUAUUAGCUUUUUCUGUGACUGUACCCAUGAACAAAUGUUUAAGGUGGUUUAUUUCAAAUAAAUCUGUUUUCCUCCGUUUUGUA